AUGCGUCUAACAACGCUCUUAUUAUCUUUGGUAGCUUUAACUUAUGCCCAGAAUAGCCCUGUUUUCAAGAGAUUUGAAUAUAAGCACUCCUUCCGAGCUCCAAAUCUUGCUCAAAGAGAUGGUUCAAUUCCUUUCUGGCUGGUAACUGGAGAUGCUAUUGCUUCUGGUGAACAACUUCGACUUGCUCCUUCCAUGAGAAGCAGAAAGGGUAUCACCUGGAACAAAAGGCCAAUGACUGAGAGCGAGAACUUCCAAGUUGAUGUGAGCUUGAAAAUCAAUGGGCAAGGUCGUAUAGGAGCUGAUGGAAUGGCCAUCUGGUACACUGCUAACAUGGGUACUCUUGGACCAGUAUUUGGAGCUAACGACUUCUGGAGUGGAAUGGGAUUGUUCCUCGAUUCUUUUGAUAACGAUGGACAAAAAAAUAACCCACAAGUUGCUGUUAUGAUCAAUGAUGGAACUCGCUCAUAUGAUCAUCACACAGAUGGAGCUCAACAAAUCCUUAACAGUUGUCAACGCGAUUUCCGUAACAAGCCUUAUCCUGUUCGUGUUCGCAUCGAGUAUUUGAAGAAUAUCCUGACUGUCCAUGUUGACGAUGGAAUGCAACAAAUUCCUCGCUAUGAGCUUUGCAUGAGAGUCGAAAAUGUAUUCCUUCCUCGCAAUGGUUACUUCGGAGUUUCUGCUGCUACAGGAGGCUUAGCCGAUGACCACGAUAUUCUUGACUAUUCUGUUUCCUCAUUGUUCACCGAACAACAAAAACCAGUAUCUGCAUCUCAACUUCCCCAUGAUGAACGUCAAAAGUACGAUGCCGAAUUCGAACGCCAGAAAAAAGAAUUCGAAGAUGAACGCCAAAAGUUCAAAGAACAGCACCCAGAGAAGGCUAAGGAUGAUGAUGAAUUUGAUGAUCCAAACAAAUAUUACGAAGAUGCUACUGCUAGAGAACUUCGACUGAUUUAUGAAAGUCAAACUGCCAUUCAUCAGGUUAUGCAACAAAUGGAUCAAAGACUUGGCCAAAUUCAACAAACACAACUAACAGGAGCUGCUCCACCAGCUGGCCAAGCUGGCGUCCAGGCUGGUGCAGGCACUGGAUUCCAACAGCAUGAGAAAAAUGAAGUUAUGCAAUCUCUAAGAGAUUUAUCAUCCUCCAUCAGAGAUAUGAAACAAUAUGUGAAUGAAAUAUUCACAAAGACUUAUAACAUGGAACAAAAGAUUGUUCAGGGCGGUGGCGCUGCAGCAGGUGCUGGAGGACAAGGUGUACCUCUGGAUAGCAGUAUGCAUCAGAAAGUGGACAGCCUUAUUAACGAAAUUCGUACGGUCAGAGCCAAUCAGCUCCAGGGAGGAACUGGUGGAGCUGCUAGUUGCCCAAAUGUUAGCUGCGUUUCUUCUAGUCUUUUCCUUACCAUUAUCUUCAUUCAAGCCCUGAUAAUAGUAACUGUUGUCUUCGUCAGAAGUAAACCCGAUAAAGCUAAGUUCUAUUAG